UUUUUUUGACACAAUGGACACCUGAAUCCUUCAUCGCCAAAUUCCUGGAUUUCUGGCCCACCUCUUUCUACAUUUCCCCCACAGCCCGCUGAUGAAUAUGCGGCUCGCGUGGUACGCAGGGACAUCGACGGCCCUGGCGGCCGCCGUUGUUGCGUCUGCGUUCCACCAGCGCGCCAAUUUCUACUCUGCCAUGGUGCAUCUCGCACAGAGCAGCUUGUCUCUAAUGGCUUUGGCCAACCUUGUCCUCGUUGCCUACGGCUCAUUCAUGUACGGCCUCCAGCGCCUAUGCUUCGGGCCACUUCGCCCUACCGAAAUCGAACAGCUUUACGAGAAGGCCUGGUUCGCCAUUACGGAGACAUGCCUGGCCAUGACCAUCUUCCGCGACGAAAUCGGCGCUUUCUUCGUGGUCAUGUUCACAGCUCUGGUCACGGGCAAGGUCUGGGGCUGGAUAGGGGACGGCCGUGUCGAGGUGCUCGAGCAGCAGCCGCCGGCCAACCCCCUUCUCUUCCACACGCGCCUCGGCCUCUCGCUCCUCGUCAGCAUCGUCUACGAUAUUCUGUUUCUGCGAUAUGCCGUCAUCACCGUCGUCGAAGACGCCCGGCCCACCAUGAUGCUCAUGUUCCUUUUCGAGUUCGCUGUCCUGACCGUCUCUUCGCUCCAUACCGCCUCCCGAUACAUCAUUUCGCUGGUGGAGCAGCACGCGAUCAAGACGCAGACACGGCAGCGCCUAGAGGAUAGGCGGCGCCGCAUCAGGGAACAAAGGGCCGAGAUUAUGAGGCGGAGAACAACCGAAGGGGCGGCAAUCAGCCACGACCAUGAACUGCCGAACGAGAACGAUGUGGAUGAGAUGGACAUUGAGGUACCCGGCUGGGAAGCAAAGGGCCAGUGGAUCCUAUCGCUGGACUUGUUUGCGGAUUUCAUCAAGCUCGGCAUAUACACAGCGUUCUUCUUCGUCCUACUGACCUUCUACGGCCUCCCUAUUCAUAUAAUGAGAGAUUGGUUCAUAACCACGAGGUCGUUUAUCAAGAGACUCCAUGCUCUCAUCCGCUACCGGCAAGCUCUCAAGCACAUGGAGCAAUAUCCAGACGCCACCGCUGAAGAGCUUGGCCGGGAGGAUACGUGCAUCAUCUGCAGAGAGGAGAUGCGGCCCUGGGAUCCUGCCGAUACCACGCAAGUGGAGCGAACUCGUGCGAAGAAGCUUCCUUGUGGCCAUAUCCUGCACUUUGGUUGCCUUAAAAGCUGGCUGGAGCGGCAGCAAGUAUGCCCGACCUGCCGCCGCCCGGUUGCCAGGGACGGACAGCAGCCCGCAGCGGCUAACGGCCCCGCUGUGGUGCUGAGACUGGGGCUUGGCUUUCCUGCCGGUCAAAACCGACAAGCGCAGCCGCCGGCCAACGGCCAAGCAGCUCCUGGCGGUGGCCAGCCGGCCCAAAGAGGGGCAGCGGACGAUCAGGCGAAUAAUCAUCAGAAUCGAAAUAUUAGGAUGUUCAACCUUGGACCCCUGCGGCUCGGCUUCGCUCAAGGCGGCCUCGACGAGAUGCGAGAGAUGGCGGAACGAAUGCGGCCUGCCCCAGAUGUUGCAAACCCACCCGCACCAACGCCCACAGUCCCGACCCCGCAGGAACCCAACAAUGACACGGGCCCCGACCUCGAUCAGAUUCGUGGCCAGCUCCUGACGCUCGGCCAACAAGUUCGGCAAGAAAUGGCCAAUCUGCACAAUGCGGCACAUGAAAUACAUAUCAUGAGUUUAUUAAUGAAUGAGCUUACUCGUCUCCGUCAGCUACAGCAGCAACCGGAAGGCCAGCAGCAUGCAACACAACCCAUCGCCUCAAGCGUGGCGCAUGGCGUGCAUGCACCUUUCCCUCAUCCACAGCAGGGAUUGAUGCAUCCCUACACGCAUUUACCAUUACAGGGACAGUUUCCCAUCCCGUCAGGCCAGCACUUCAUGUCGCCAAGAUCUCCAUCCGCCGUCACCAGGCAUGUCGGUGGUGGGUAUGGAACAGCGAUUCCGGCUGGCAGUCCCGAUUUGCCAGCAGGGGUGGUCAUUCCCCCGGGAUGGUCGUUGCUGCCCCUCCAGCGAGUAGACGGCGAAGCACAACCUCCUGACUCAACAACAGGACACAGUUCGCACGGGCCCGCCCAGGACACACUACGGUCGGUCUUAGCACACCACCCCCGGUCUCGCGGGGCCAGCCCAGCGCGUGGCAGUAGCCUUUCUGCGCAUCUUGGAAGGACGACGGUAUCAACAAGCAAUGCAGAGGCGACCCGCACACCAGGAACACAAGGUGCGCCUAUUAUGGACACAGCGAUGCCUAGGCAACCGCCUGUCACAGCGCCCGUUCCUCGAGCACCGAGUUGGGGAGGUCCAUCACCGCUCUUUCGGGCCGAACGAACAACGGUGCCCUUUGGGUGGCAAGUUGAGCUUCCCCAGGCACCACUCGGCGAAUCUGGAGAGCGCAGUAGCAGCCCCGGGGCAACAGCGGCAACCACGGAGGUGAAUGGAGUUGGGCCAGGAGACGGGGCCAGCGCGCCGCAGGCAGGAGACGGGGCCAGCGCGCCGCAGGCAGGAGAUGGCGUCGUAAACGGCAGUGGUAGCGAUAGGGUGCCAAGGGCGGCGACGGUCGAGGAAGCACCAGAUGAAGAAGAAUAGCUCUAGCUAGCCGUACAUUCUGUUUCUUUCUAGAAGUCUGAGAAAGCAUUGGACCU